AUUGAUGUUAUACAUGGUACAAUAAAUGUAAAAUAAAUAUAAGCAGAUACUGUCUCGCGUUUGCGAUAGUUUUCACUAGUUUCAAGCCGUCGUAAUUACUUGAAAGAAAGAAAAUAUUUAAACUUACAGGACAAACACUGAAAGUAAAGUCUGACAAAAAAAAAAAAAAAAAAAAAAAAAAAAAUAAAUAAAGAAAUAAAAAAAAAAGACCAACAAUAAAAUUCAGAAGGGUUUGCAAUUUUUUUUAUAGAAAGAAAUAAACAUUCACAACAGGCGUACGGCAAUAUUUACAUUAUUAUCAAUUACAAUGUAGAGACAAAGAUUUCAUGAAUUGUGUGUUAUGUUACAUCUCUUCCGUUUGUUGGUUUGUCUGUCUGUCCGGCUGUCACCACCAAGUACUUGUGGAAACAAGUAGAAUUCUUUUUGAAAUGCAGGUACAAUUAUCAGGGUCUUAUCUGAGGCUGAGGGGAGAACUAGUUACGAGUGGUCUUUAUCUCCUUUUAUCCUCUUGGCAUCAAGACCCUUCACAGUACAUUACACAACUUCAAUGCAGACAACAUCGACACGAACCACGCGCUUUGUCUUACUACCAUAUAUAUAUAUAAAUACGAUAUAAAAAUAAAAUGAUAUAUAUAUAUAACGACUGCUUGUUCUAUAUUGUGACAAAGAUGAGACAUGGUUCUGCCAGCGUUCAUCGAAUGUUAAUGCUCGUCACAUUAUGAAACCUGUUCUUCCCAUUCACAUGCAAGCAAACAAUACUAAAUAAUAAUCUGUGGAGCUCGUAGCUUCAUUAUUUAAGCCUUUACAGCAUGCCUCCCGCUCCUUGUUUUCAUAAAUCAUGUUCUAUGUAUACAACUUAUUUUUCGAAUAACGUUUUCUAUUGAAGCAAAAACAAAAAACAAAAAGAAAAAAGAAAAAAAUAUCAACAACAAGAACAAAACCCCUAGCCGGGACUAUCACAGGCACAUCUAGAAAACUAGACAUCACAUGAAAUAGUCAUAAAGGCUUUAUAUCAUAACAUUAUUGCCCCACAUCACAUCAUUCAGAAGAUAAAGUUACUCUAAAGCAGACUGUGUGGCUGUCACUGAAGUUAGCUGUGGAAGUCAAGCGCCAAAAGAUAUGGAGAUCAUAGUAUCCAGUCCAGCCGCUUCGAAAGAAGUCGAUAAAGAGGCAGAAAGUGAACAGAAGUUGUCAGGCGAAGAUGUUGAAAUUAAGACUUUUGAAAUGAAAAGAGAGUUGGGAUUCACCAGCAGCAUAGCAAUUAUCAUCGGUACAAUUGUUGGUUCCGGAAUUUUUGUAUCACCCAAGGGUGUGCUACAGAGAACGGGGUCCGUGGCGCUCAGCCUCAUUGUCUGGGUUGGUGCUGGCCUCAUCGGCCUCCUUGGAGGACUGUGCUAUAUUGAGCUGGGCACCUUGAUCCAGAAAUCUGGAGGAGACUACACCUACCUGAAGGCAGCACUGGGCAACAUAUUUGCCUUUGAGUUCAUGUGGGUCUCAGUUAUUGUGGGGAAAACUUCCUCCCUAGCCAUCAUGACACUGACCUUGGCAGAGUAUGUGGUGACCUUUUUUGGUCCAUGUGUCAACACUGAAGCACUAAAGAAGAUGAUUGCUGCUGCUGCAGUGGUGUUAGUGGGGAUCGUGAACUGUUACAGUGUAAGGCUGGCAGCGCGAGUUCAGGUUCUGACCACAGCCAUUAAAGUAGCAGCUCUGGUCAUUAUCCUGGUUGGAGGAGUCGUCAUGCUUUUUGAGGGUAAGACAGAAAACCUCAAAACAGGAUUCAGUGGUUCUACGGACUCUCCAUCUCAAAUUGCUCUUGCAUUCUAUGGUGCCCUCUUUGCAUAUGAUGGAUGGGCAAACCUGAACAAUGUGAUUGAGGAAGUGAAAGAUCCUGCAAAAACUCUUCCACGUGCCAUUGUUGCUGCAAUUCUGAUGGUAAUCCUUCUCUACACACUGACCAAUGUGUCCUACCUGACUAUCAUGACAUCAACUGAAUUGCUGGAAUCUGAUGCAGUUGCCAUGCUCUGGGGGAAAAGAGUAUUAAAAAGUGCUGCCAUCAUCAUGCCCCUUAGUGUCAUCGCCUCUACCUUUGGGUCUUCUAACGGCUCUGCAUUUACAGGAAGCAGGUUAAUAUUUGCUGCAGCUAGGGACAACAAUCUACCAGCAUUCUUGUCUUAUAUCCAUGUCAAACAGAGGACACCACUGACAUCCACGAUUUUCACUAUUGCUGUGGCACUUUUGAUGAUAGCCGCUGGUGAUGUAUUUAGUCUAAUUGACUUUCUUAGCUUUCUGGGCUGGUUAUUCUAUGGUCUUAACUUCUCGGCUGUUGUCAUAUUGCGAUUCAAAAUGAAGGAUGCCCCACGACCAUACAGGGUGCCAAUAAUCAUACCCAUUGUAAUGACAGUGGUGUCCAUAUAUCUGGUUAUCGCUCCCAUUAUUCAGUCGCCAAAAAUGGAGUUUCUUUAUGCCUUCCUGUUUCUGCUUGGAGGACUUGUGUUUUAUUUUCCUUUUGUAUAUUUCAAGCUGAAAUUUCCAGGCAUAGAUAAAUUCACUAUGUGGUCACAGCUGCUGCUGGAGGUAUCACCAACAGAUCAUCAUGAGGAUUAAGAAACCAUUUCGCUAAUUAUACAACAUGUUGACUCAAGUUUAGAGAAGGAAUCAUCUCCAGACAUCAUUCCAAGUGUUCCUGCUCCACAAAAAGCAGAAUAUGCCAAAUUCAGUACAUGUUCAUUACUUGAAUCUACAAAAGUUGUUGUAAAAAGUGUACAAUGAACGGCCUAAUGCACUGUAUUUGUGAUGAUAUAUUUGUUUCAGAUAUCCCUUUGUAUUCUUUUGGAAUUUUAAAUUUCACCAAUGACAUCUUUAGUUUCAUUUGGCAUAUGUAUGCCACAUUAUUGUUUUUCUUAUAUUGUUAUAAAUAUUUGUAAAAUUGACAGAGAGAUUAACAGUGGAAAACCUCACAAAAGGUUAAGCAUUGGUCUCGACAGACAGACAGCAGUCCACCUAUACACCUCCGUGGUCCAACCGAUUGAACCGAAAGCCAAAUUGAAGAGGGUCCAGUUUGCCCCCGGUGGAACGUGAAGCAUGUCCGAGAACCAGAGCUUUCAUCCCAACAGGUCAAGGCCACCGGCCUAUCAUCGUUCACUGACAUCACCAGGGCUGGUCUACCUUUAGGCGAACUUUACAGUCGCCGAGGGCAGUCACGGAGGUGAAGGAGGGACGCAAAAAUGGCCUGCUGCUGUUUUUUUUUUUUAAGUGAUGGAAAAUGUUAGGGGAAAAUAUUAAAUAUCAAAAUGACAUUUGCAGGGCAUCUUUCCUCUGGUUCACUUAACAAAAUCACACGCCAUUGGAGAUAGUAGACAAAACGGGACAAUCAUUGCUGGACGACAGCAAAACAAACCAUUGAAGAAUGAAGGGUCACAACAAGCAGUGUUCACUCGAACCCCGAAUUAGCUUUGAGCUGGACAAGCUCGGGACCCGCACGUUGAGAUGCCUGUUGGAGGACAAUUCACCCCCUGAACAGGGAAGUUGAUACCUUUUCUAUAAACAUCAAUGGCCCAUUCGAAGCCUGAAGUGAGGGAAACCUUGGGCCGACAAUGCUCCAGCAGAGUUGCUCAAGUGUGGCGGGGAAAAGACAGUGAAAGUACUCACCGCACUGUCUAGAAAUCUGGAAAAACAGAAAAGUGGUCCAAAGAAUGGAAACAAUCCCUGGUCAUAGCCCCCUACACCAGAAGAAGGGUACUUGCAAGCAAGGGAUAACCUUUGUCUCCUGUGCUGUUUAGUAUCUAUUUGGAGAACAUGCUACACAGUACCUUUCAAGACCGUCAAAGUCAUGGUGAGCACCAGCGGGCUUAGCAAGGUGGAGAUAAUCGAGAAUGGAACGGAGAGCGAGGAACUUCAAAGCUUCAGUUACCUGGGCUCUGUUUUGUCCAUGGACGGCGGCUGAGCUGUUGACUUUCGUCUCCAAAUCAUAGCUGCAACAGAGACUGAAUGGAGUAUGGGACAACAACAUCCUCUUUACCACCAGAUACAGGCUCUACAAGGCCCUCAUCCUUACAUGAACAGACACAGCCUCAAGUUUGCGUUUCCAGAUUGUUUCCCAUUGUUUAAAUAUGUUGUAAUUACUUAAAGGUAGAUAACACAGAGGAACACUGUAAUUCAAGUUUGAUGAAUAAAGAGACUAAACCUA